AUGGACUGGAAAACGCUGCAGGCGCUGCUCAGCGGGGUCAACAAGUACUCCACGGCCUUCAGCCGCAUCUGGCUCUCCGUGGUCUUCGUCUUUCGCGUGCUGGUCUAYGUGGUGGCGGCCGAGCGGGUCUGGGGAGAUGAGCAGAAGGACUUUGACUGCAACACGCGGCAGCCGGGCUGCACCAACGUCUGCUACGACCACUUCUUYCCCAUCUCCCACAUCCGCCUCUGGGCCCUGCAGCUCAUCUUUGUCACUUGUCCUUCCCUCCUGGUCAUCAUGCAUGUGGCCUACCGGGAAGACCGCGAGAAGAAGAACCGGGAGAAGAACGGGGAGAAUUGCCCCAAGCUCUACAGCAACACCGGCAAGAAGCACGGCGGGCUGUGGUGGACCUACCUGUUCAGCCUCUUCUUCAAGCUCGUCAUAGAGAUACUCUUCCUCUACCUCCUCCACAAGAUGUGGGACAGUUUUGACCUGCCGCGACUAGUCAAGUGCACCAAUAUAGACCCCUGCCCCAACACUGUAGACUGCUACAUUGCUCGGCCAACCGAGAAGAGAGUCUUCACCUAUUUCAUGGUCGGGGCCUCCUCCAUCUGCAUCGUCCUCACUGUCUGUGAGAUCUUCUACCUCAUCUUUAAGCGGGUGGUGCGGACUGCACAGAGGUGGAAGAAGUCCACCAAGCGCUCCGUUAGCUACAGCAAGUCCUCCACCUGCCAAUGCCAUCUCAAGCAGGAGAAGGAGAACAAGUCCCAGAAUAGGUCUGAGGCAACUCAACUUUGA